UGGCUAAGAUCUGACUGAGUAAGAUUAACCCAGAGAGCAGAAUAUUUCUGUCUGUCCUUUGUAGCACUCACCAGAGAUUGAAGCCCUUUCAGACCCCACCAUGUGCAGUUGACACAGAAGCAGUGAACAGUAGAGGAUACUGAAACACGGAAUGUAAAGGCACCACGCAGUUAAAAAAAAGCUACAACAGAUGGUGAAGAAAGUAAUAUACAAAUUCAAUGAAACAGCUCCAAAUGCUGCCUCAGUCCAGGUUUGAUCAUUGAGAAUGGGAACAGAGCAGAAACCUUACAGGUCCUUUUGAACCUAAGUGUCAUCACAGAAUACGUUCAGUCAUUGUCUGAAAAAUUAAAAGAUCUCCCAUUAAGGGGAAGACAGAGUGAAUAUUUUUCAACCUCUACUCAAAUGAUUAUGAAGUAAUAAUAUUAUUGUCUCAUUGCCAAUGGCCAUCAUCUGUGGCAGAAGCAUUUAGUCCUGGGCUUUCUGAAGUACAACUGCAAACUUGAAAAGGAUCUUUUAAGAAAAGAGCUCAUUAGGAACUUAAAUGAAAUAAAAUUUAAUGAGGAUCAACUAAUGCAUUGAGAGGAUGCUCCUUUAAAGGGGAACUUCCUACCAGCUUUGACAGACUUUUUUUUGAGGAAGAAGUUCCAGUUUAUCAGACACAACCUGUGAACCUUAUUGAUGGCUAUUGCAAAUCUUUCUGUUCACAACGAGAGUUUGAGGGGUUACCUCGGCACAACACAAAGUAUUAAAUGGCAGAUGCAACGCCAUAUGGAUGAGGAGGAGGAAGAAGAGGAGCAAAACAUCUUACUCUCACCAUUUGAGAAAGUUAUUUCUGACAUGAAGAAUAGCAAGAAAGUUAAAAAUGAACUGAUACUUGGAAAAAGGAUUGGAUUUUACCAACUCCGUGGAGAAAUUGGCACUGGGAACUUUUCAAAAGUGAAGCUUGGAAUACACUGCUUGACAAAAGAAAAGGUGGCAAUUAAAAUCAUGAAUAAAAAGCAAAUAACCCAGAAGUCACGACAACUGUUCAUAAACGAAAUUCUGAGUAUGGAGCAACUUCAUCAUCCAAAUAUCAUCAGGCUGUAUGAGAUGCUGGAAACACAAUCUAGACUGUACCUGGUCUUGGAGUAUGCAGAUGGAGGGGAUCUUUUUACCAAGGUCUCCACAAGGGGACGUCUCUUGGAAUAUGAGAGUAAAUUUAUAUUUAUUCAGAUUGUAUCAGCUGUUAAACAUAUGCAUGAAAACAAUGUGAUCCAUCGGGAUCUCAAGGCAGAAAAUGUGUUCUACUCAGCUACUAACUGUGUGAAGUUGGGUGACUUUGGCUUCAGUGCAGUGUGUCCUUUGUCAGAACCCUUAAACACUUGUUGUGGCUCUCCUCCAUAUGCAGCACCCGAGCUCUUUAAAGAAAAUAGCUACUUUGGAAUUCAUGUGGACAUCUGGGCCCUGGGCAUCCUAUUGUACUUCAUGGUGACGGCAACCUUGCCUUUCCGUGCGGAAACUAUCAGGAAGCUGAAAAAGUACAUUUUACUAGGAUCAUACACAAUUCCAUCAUAUGUAUCAGAUCCCUGCCGGAAACUAAUUCAUGGAAUUCUUCAAAUCAUUCCAACAAACCGUUACACCCUGGACAACAUCCUGGACAGUCCAUGGCUGAAGGGAAUGGAAUGUCCUGAGCCAUACCAACCAUUCCACUUGAAUCCAGCACACCUAGUCAGUUCUCUCCCUCUAAACGAAGAGGAAAAGGAGGUGAAGAAGGCAUUGAGAGGCCUGGGAAUCACAGAGGAGCACAUCUGUAAUAAUCCUAAUUGGGACUGUCACAGUCCCAUCACUGGGACUUAUCGCAUCCUUCUCCACCGGAGUCAUAAGAGGCACUAUUCAGACGGUCCUGUCAUGAUGAACAAUUGUCCUGCAAAACCCAGGCUGAAUGAAAACCGGAAGAAGCGUCUCAAAGCACGUGUGCAGACUUCACGGAUGUGUCUAAUUCUGUAAACUCUAAUUCUGGUGCACACGCACCAACGUUACUCUAACAAGGUAUGAAAUGUUGCAGCUAGAUAUUGCCAAGGCUGAAGAUGGAGAUGGCUGAUGAGGCAGUGAGUACAGUAUUAAGAAACCUCUCCCAGUUUCAGGUGGUAAAUAGCCAUUAAAUACUUAGGAUUCAGGUAUGCUCUGUGUAGGAACUGUCAGUAAUAGUUCUCUGAAAAUAAAGAAAAUAUUUAUUUUUCGCACAAUGUCUCACAUACUAUUAGAAUCCCAGCAGCCAUAUAAAUGAAUAACUUUUCUGGAUAAAUAUUCAAUUUAAAAUCAAAUAGAUGAUUAAAAAGGUUUUAAUUUUUACACAUUUUUAAAAAAAAGUUAAAUAAAGGUCUAUUCUUCAUAAGUAUUCAGAAUAGGUAUGAGGUAUGAUUCCAAUUCUGGGAUAGGAGAGAUUGAUUUAAAUGUCAGAGUUCAAGUAUUGCCUGCCACAAGCUAGAUUAAACAAACACACAUGCAAGCACCAGCCUAGCUUUUGUCUGAGAUGUUGACACAUCUCUCAAAAAAUUUCAAAUGUCUCACGUUCAGGUGUGUAAUUGCUAUUAUAUUGUAGCAUUCUUCUCUAAGCAAGAUUUUACAAACAAUGAUAAAAUGAAUGACAGGUUUUAUAAGUUUGGUUGAGGAAGAUACCAGGGAAAUGAACUACGGACUCCUCUUCAGACAAUGUGAUGGCUAAUUCACAUGAAUGUAAGGUAUGCUAAGUCGGCAGAGAGGAAUUUGAAUGACCAUCCUUGGCCUCCUGCAUUGCCACAGCGAAUCAGGCUGCAAAUUGGAGAAACAAUACCUCAUCUUCCGCCUGGUUAGCCUACAGCCCGGAGGACUCAACACUGAGUUCCCCAAUUUCAAAUAAUCUCCCUUCCCGUCCCCAAACUCCCUUUCCAGUCCCUCCCCCUCCCUUCCAUUCCUCUGAUUGACCCUUCCUUCCAGCUACCAACCAGAUUAAUUCCUCCCAUUGACCAACCAGAUUGUAGCCUCUACUUAUGUUCACCCAUCCCCAUCCAAAACCCUCCCCCACCUGACCUUCCCUUUAUCUGCAGUUCCCCUCACACCCACCCCAGUCCUGAACAAAGG